AUGGCUUUGCCCUUCCCUUCACCGACGUAUAAAGAGCGCGAGAAAGAUGAAACCUUCGUCGACAGUCAUCGUGAAAUAGAAGAAAAAUUGGAAAUGGUUUUGUCCCGGCUUAGCAAACUCGAGAAAAAAUCUCAGAGUGAGAAAAGAGCGCAAUCUUUGCUUGUUGCUGAGAAUAACAAA